AUGAAGCCCCUCCGAUAUCUGGCCAUGGUCUGGGCCGUCCCCAAGAACAAGGGGGCCGGCAACAUCCGCGACUCAUGUUGCUGCCCCCUCUGCCGCAACCCGAGCUCCGGCCAAAAGACCUUCUCGACACCCGAAGUCCCCAUGUCUCCUAGGAUCCUCAACGUGGAAGCCAGCACAGAUGGCGGCUUAAAGGUCUCCCUCGACCAGGACCUCGUAUCAGCUCAGCAUAGCCAAGUCCACGAGGUCCUUCUGAAUGGCGAGUACCUGGCACAGCAAAACAUACUGCAGUCAGAAGCGCACUCCGCUCCUCCUCCUUUGCAGCCGGUAUACUGGGACCGGACGUUUAUCGAGAAGAACGCUCGCUUCGUCGACUAUGAUGAAUUCAUGCAAGAAGACAGCGCAGCCUUCUGGGACGUGAUGGAGGAUCUCGAAGUGCUGGGCCUGGUCUACCUCCGCAACGUCCCGCGUGACGACCAGUCCGUUGUUCGGAUAGGAGAGCACAUUGGAAACCUCCGAGAGACGUUCUACGGCAGGACUUUUGAUGUCCGCGCAAAGCCGAAUGCGGAGAAUGUGGCCUACACCAACGAGUAUCUCGGGCUCCAUCAGGAUCUGUUGUACCUAGAUGAGCAGCCUCACAUCCAGAUCUUGCAUUGUAUGGACAACACAGCGCAGGGCGGCGAGUCCCUGUUUAGCGAUGCGGAUCGCAUAGGACGCAUGCUCUACGCAUUGCGGUCCGAGUUUCCCCCGCUGGCUGACCUGGUCGAGUACAAAGUACGCUAUGCGUACGACCGCAACGGAUACUACUACGAGAACACGCGGCCGCUGCUGGAAGAGCAGAACGUCGGCGAGUUCCGGACCGUGCGAUGGAGUCCCCCGUUCCAGGGCCACCAGCCCAGCGGAUGGAACAUGUCGGACUGGCUUGCGAGCGCGCGCGUCUUUGAGCGAUGCGUGAACGCCGAAGACGCCGUGUACGAGCGUAAGAUGGCGCCGGGGGAGUGUGUUCUCUUCAACAAUCUACGCGUCCUGCACGGCCGCAAAAGCUUCGACUUGGGGGACGGAGGCAAGCGUUGGCUUCGCGGUACGUACCUAGGCAGGGACGUCUUUGCUAGUCGGCUACAUUACAUGCCCAAGGACCGCCUGAGGCGUGCCGAGAGAAGUGCUGCGCGGACUGUGCAUGACCUGCUCAACGAUCUGUCGGGCUCUCCUGAUUUUGAAGGCCUGAGGAGAGAGCUCAGGGCCGAUCCUCACAUUGGCAAGUCCUGA